CUCAAAAACGUCGUGCUCGGCGCCAAAAGCAACUGAAGAAUUAUCUGGGCGUGGUGGCACUUUUACAAGCGCAUGAUGGAUGUUGUAUCAACUUGUCGACCAGCCUAAACGUCUUCAAAUACCCAAGACCUAGGUCGGUCCUCUCCUGCGAUGCACUUCUCGCCGGCUUUCCCAUCCUCGCAUCAUUGCAUCGUCAGUCCCAAUGGUCGUCUUGUCGCCACACUGAGCUCCGACGGCAUCCACGUCCGCGAUGCACGCACCUUGCAGACCUUGAAUGUCGUCUCUCUGCCAGCCGGUGCAUCAAGACCCAUCACGACCUUACUAUGGGCUCCCUCAUCCACCAGAAUCUUGGUCGGCUCUGCGGACCAAAUUCAUGCACUAUCUGCUUUGCAUCCGUCGGACCAUGCUGCCAUACUGAAUCCCCUGUCCGGCAUAGGCAAACCCUCGCACACCCAAUUCGGGAGCACGGACAGAGAUUCAGAUAUCUUGGUCUACUCCCAACAGGGACUAAAGCUUCUGGUUUAUGACCUGCGCACCUCGAAAGGCUUGGAAAUCCCGGGCCCAAAAUUCUACCAACCGUCUUCCGCAGCAAGAGGCGUCUCACUACGUGCCUCUGGACACCUGGCCCUCUUGACGAGGGUCAGUGGCAGAGACCUCAUCAGCAUCCACAGCCCGGAGACACGGCAGAUGCAGAGAUCAUGGGCUCCCGAGACUAUCGACGCACAUGGCCUCUGCUGGUCCCCAGACGGCCAGUGGCUUCUGGUGUGGGAAUCACCGGCGCAUGGCUGGCGCGUGCUCCUCUGCACGGCCGAUGGCCAGCUCGUUCGGACAUUGACCGGGUUCCACGACCCCAACGACGAGGACGCCAAACUUCGCCCUGGCGUGCGGUCGUUGCGAUUCCGCCCCGACGGGAAGGUCUGCGCAGUACUGGAUCACUCCAAGGAGGUUGCGCUCGUGGACACGACCUUCUGGCGGACGAGUAUCACUUUGGUGCACCCAUCCGCCCUCGCUCCCAGCGAGACAGUCCAGGUAUGGCAGGAACAGCUACACGCUGCGUCCGCGCAGCCCUCCAGCCGGACGUUCACCCGCGCCACGCACGAGCUCACCUUACCACCGCCACCUGCUGACAGCAAGACAUCCCCGGAGCUAAGAACAGGAUGUGGCCUUGCGUGCUUCGACGCGUCGUCCACCCUGAUCGCAACCAGAAUGGAAUCAUCGCCAAGCACCGUCUGGAUAUGGGACCUAGCAGCCUCCGAGCUGCGCGCGGUCCUCGUCUUCCAUUCCCCUGUCUCGUUCUCAUGGCACCCCACGGUGCAAGAGCUACUCCUCAUCACAUGCAGAGUCGACGAGAGACGGACUCUGCCGUUCGUAUGGGAUCCGCUCAUGGAUGGCCCCAGGAGUGUGCUCUCUGAGCAGGCGCUGUCCUCGCAGGGCAAGAUGGAGGCGCAUUGGGUAGACUGGGAGAACGAACAGCCUGUCCUGUUGCUGAACGAUUCGCAGCGUUACUGUUUCGUCUCCGUCGGCGAGGGCGAGGCCCCAGGAGCCUGGGGAAGUGCAGAGCCAACAAUGCUCGGCGGAUCGGUCGGCAGUGCAGGAAGCGUACAGGGCAUCGAGGGGGACGACUCGACCAUGAUCGAUGACACCUUUUCAUUCAAGCGCGGGUGAAGCCUUCAGAUUGGCUCCAGAAUUGUCAGUCGGCUUCAUUCACAGCAAAAUAUCUGAAUACGUGGUGUCGUGCACUUUGGGGUGUAUGUCUACCGCCAUGCGGGCUGUUUUA